GUGGUUCCUGGUCCCCGCAGCCUGGAGCUUGGACCUCCCGGAGUGGCCUGGGCUUCUCUGGGUCCUCUGGGCCGCUGGCAUCUUCCUGUUGGUGGCUGCGCUGAACUACUGGCUGGACGGGACACGCUACAGCUGGAAGAUGUGGACAGACGUUGUGGCGGUGCUCACCUUGUGCGUCCUAUCAGCGAUCCAUGCCUACACACUGGGUGGGGUGACCCUUUACGCGACGGCCCUUGCAGGAGCCGUGUUCGCCGUUUCCUUCGUGAUCAAUUGCGUGCAGACAGGAGGCGGUAAGGCUAAGGAGGUCGAUGCCGUAUGGCUCUUUACCUUCCUCUCCUACAGAUGGGGAGGUUUGAUUGCUGCAGUUGUUGUGAUGGGUGGAACCAGUGAUGCCACGCUGAUGUCAGUAUGGGUGUGGUGUUGGCCGAGGGUCUUGAUCUUGUCUGUUGCUUUCUACAUGCACAACUUCAAGGUGUGGCAUGAGACGUUGCCUCUCAACCGUCUAGCUGCAGACGAGGGCGCAGGUGCAGAGUUUCGAGCUGCAGCUGUCCACUACGUCAUGGAGGUGGCCGCAGUCUCUGCUCUGUGUGCUGCCCUUCCACAGCAGACCUCCUGGAAUACCCUCAUGAGUGCAGCCUAUGCUAGCUGCCUGUUCCUGUUUGCAGCCCUGGGGUUCUUGAGAGGUUCCGGACUUGAUGAACCUGCCAGCGGCAAGCGCCGAACCGACGAGGGAAGCGGCGAACUCUCUCGACCUCUCACUUAG